AUGGUAUACUAUAAAGAUCCCAGCUUUGAUCCUAGCAAGCCCUUACGAGUCCUUUACACAGGGCAGCCUGCUGUGGACACAGGAGGAGUAACCAGACACUUUUUUAGCCAACUUCUCCAAGUCAUAUGUAACAUGUUCUUCCAUGGUGACAGUUACAAGCAUCCAGUUUACAAUGCUGAUAUUGUUGCUUCUGCUAUGAUGAAAUACAUUGGGACAAUUAUAGUGCACAGCAUUUUGCAAGGCGGGCCAGGGUUUCCAGUCUUUAGCCCUUCAGUGUAUCAGUACCUAGCAACAGGUGAUGUUGACGCGGCAAUGAUGAUGCUGAAUUAUGGAGACUGUUCUGCAUCUGUGAAAGAUUUCAUUGACAAGGUAUUGUAUAAAUGUACAGUUAAAUGAUGUGCUCAAAUGUAACAGCAUACUUGCUAUUUUUAGUUCACUGUACACGAUGAAUAAAUCAUUAUAUUUGGUCGAAUGUAAAAACAAAGUUAAAAAAUUCUCUUUUCAUGACUGGCUGCUCAGUCAUAUGUACCAGAUUGAUUCUCUUACAUUAACAAAAUUCCAAAUAAUUUCUGAUCCAACUACUGAUGUGUCAACAGCUUCUACUGAGGUAUAGCACAUAAAUAGAACGAAUGUGCUUGACAUCGUAGCGGCUAUAUUCAUGUAUCAUAAUCUACAUGCACCAACCUGAGUCCCACAGGACCAUAAGUGCACAGAUGUAUGUUCAACAGAUUGACAUGCAUGUCCUAACAGAAAUGCAAGGAUUGACCCAUAGUUUUUAUCAACUUACAGGUUGCUCAGGCCAAAGAUGUCUCAACACUUGACCAAGAAGAAUGUGCAAAUUUCUUGUCGGAUUGUGGCCUGGCAGUGGUAUUAACUGUAAGCCUAAUCUUAUCUUAAUUGAUUCCUUCUAUUAAAAAACCGCUUUGUGACAGAACUGUAAAAGCAUUUUUCAAAUUGUAUUUUCUGUUCAUAGAAUGACAACAAAAUGAGGGUUAUCCAAGGGAUGAUAAUUCAUGAUGUCAUAAGCCGACCCAAAAUCGUCUUAGAUCAGCUGGGAGAGGGAUUGGCUGUACUUGGCUUUCGUGCCAAAAUGAGAGAGUACCCUGAGAUGUUUGAGGAGCUUUUUGUGCCAAGCAAUAAGAGUAGGUUAACUUCAACUCAGCUGGUUGAUAUGCUAGAGUUUCCAGCUGAGAUGUGUGAAAAUGACAGAAUUGUAGCGAAUUACCUUAAACAGUUCCUGCAUAAUGCAGAAGUUGAAAUGUUGGAAAAUUUUGUCUUUUUUGCCACUGGGUCCACCUCUCUGCCCACCUUUGGGCUUGCUAAAAUCAAGAUUAAAUUUGACAACACUCCUUCCAUUUUUGCUUCCACGUGUUUGCUUUCAUUAACUCUUCCAAAUCACUUUGAAAGCGAAGAAGCUUUCAGUUCAUCGCUGAAAGCAGUCAUUGCUAGUUCUGCAAGGAAAUCGUUUAACUGUGUGUGA